GUUCAGGUGUUUCAGGAACACAUGACUGGAUCAGAACACCUGAGGAAACUGAAGGAGAUGACACACGCCAUCCGCCUCAACACACACACACUGCAGGAUAGGGGGCGUCGGCCUGGCGCUCAGCGUUGGUGUGACACCUGUCAGACUCACUUCAGCGAUGACAUCAUCAUCCAUCGACGGACGAAACAACACAAGAUGUGCAAACAGCUGAGUCGUCCGUUCUGUCCGGUUUGUAAACGUCACUUCAGAACGCCGAGGAAGUUACUGGAGCACAUGAAGUCCUCCGAACACAAGGAGCAGGUGCACCUGGAGGAGGCUCAGGAGGAGGAGCUGAUCACUGUACGUUAG